CCUCCGUUUGUCCGUUGAUGGUUGUCUUUUUGAUUUUCUUCUUUGCGCUCUCGCUUCGCACGCUCGCUUCGCUCUCUAUCUGCUUUUUAUCCUGAACGUCUGUCGCCAUCUUACGCAUACUCUUACAAUAUUUUUUCAUGGCAAACAAAACUGAGACUACAUUCGGCGAUCUUGAAAUGGAUGAACGUUAUAAGAAGCUAGAACGCUGUUUGAAAUUAGCUUUGCUAAAGAAGAAUGUACAUAAUAAUAUCGAGCAAUCUAUAUCAACCUGGUCUAAUAUAUCGAGCAUUAAUGCAAAUACCAUGGAUUCUAGUUGUGUAACUCCAUCCCUGCAACUUUUGGGCAUUAAGAAUGAGGUUAUAGCCUCUAGUAAUAAUCUAAAAAGUAUACUUCCAAAAGAACAAGCUUGUAAUACUAACAGAAGAAAGAUAGCUACUUCUAGUAUAAAAUCAAGCAAGAACAUUAAACAGGAUAAUAUUGAUCAAUGCAUAAUGCCACCUCCAACAGUAAACAAAUUAUAUCAUGCUUCAAAGAAAAUACAGAAUAGGCCUUGUACAUUAUCAGAACGCAACAAAUCUAUAUCAAUGCCAUCCAACAAUUCAAUUGAGUCUUUUGAGAUAAAUAAUGUUCCAUUUAAAAAUUCAAAUACUGAUACUAGAAGCUGCAUAUCUGCUAACAUAUGUAGUGACAAAGAACACCUGCAUUCUUCCAUUGUACCAGAAACAGCUGAUGAUUUGCCAAAGCUUGAGAGAAUAUUUUCAAAAUGGAAAGUUAUGUUAAAUGACCAAUAUCAGUUAAUAAUCAAAGGAACAUUAGAAUGCGGCAAAGUUGCACGGAGUAAAUCAGUUAUAAGAAGAUAUUCUACUACAUGCAUUGAAUCCAUUUUCAAACACAAAUAUCAUCUUCAAGGAAAUCUUACUGAUGACAGAAAUGAAUUACCAGCUUAUAUUCGUGGAAAAUUUCACAAUGGUUUUCCUGAUGAUUGGGAGAAUGUUUAUCAAAUAUGGAGGACAUUUGUCAGUCAAGGAUGUCCAAUAACAUUUCGUUGGCCAACACCUAUCACUGAUAGCGACGACGAUUUAAAAAGCGAAGUGACAGAUCAAACAUAUAUAUGCAGGAAUAAUACUCCGAUGAAAUCUUAUAAAAUGAUUGAAUCCACUGCGCAAGUAAUUCAAUCGAAAACUUUGCACAAUAGAUCGUCAGAGAAUAUAGAGAAAUAUAAUUGUACACGUAAUACUCAAAGUCACGAAAAGUACACGUUCAUAAAGCCUUCUGUUCCUAUGAAUACACAAGCAAGCAGUGCAGAUAUUGAGAAAAACGAACAAAAUAUUGAAACAGACAUAAAUCAACUAUUCAGUCCCGUCAAGAAGACAAAUAAAUUGAAAGACAUUCUCCAGGAGGAUAAGCUGAAUAUCAUUAUUAACAACUUGGCGGAUAGGAAUUGUUCUCCGAAAUAUAUUGACAAGAUCAUUGAGAUGUUCGAUUGCUUAGAUUAUGUAAUGUCUUACAGAACAGAAACUGAACGUAGUUACAACGAAAGUUAUGAAAUACCCAAAUCGGAAGCGAUUCCGCUACAACAGAUACUCGUGUGCAAUAAGGGUAAUUGUAUGAAUGACAAUGAACUUGAGAAACGAGCAGAACUGAAAAGCCAUUCCACCGAUCUAGGAUAUGGAAGUAUAAAGAACAAUACCUAUCCUAGCCAGUUAAACUUGAAUAUGAAAGACAGCGUCGAGGCAGAAUACGAUAAACAUGAAGACUCCGAUCAAUCUGAAAGCGAAAUUUAUGCAGGCAUACCGAAAAUCUCGAUCGAGCGCGUCCUACAAGCGAAAAAAGCGUCGAGAAAGUUACCGAAGCGUAAGGUAAGAAAGAAAACGAAUCGAUCGGAUCAGCAGAUACACGCGGUGAAUGACCAGUGCGACGCGAAUGUUAAACAGCAAUUCGUUCACCUUGCAGUUCCUACGGCUAAUUUCGAGAAGAAAAAUCCAUUUCCUGAUGAAUCCAGCAUUAGCAUCACGAAUAAAGAAAUGGAAAUGGAAAACAUAAGAACACAUCGCGAAGCAGCGAACGUUGUUGAAGAAUCGCCGAAAGCGACUUUAUACAGCCAUCAGUUACUGAGAACGGAUUUUAACGUUCGCACAGGGAAGACGGUUGAUCCUACAACGCGUGUUCAAUGUAAUUUACACGAACGGCUGCACGGUUUGUUUCAGCCACAAAGAAUUCAGCCGAACUUUCUUACAAAGCAACAAAAAUCGCGUGGAAUGGAAGAAGAGCAGUUGCUGCUUACGGACGUCGAUUACGCAACCAAUUGCAACGUCGAAAAAAACAUCGCGGCUAAUAACAAAUCGGCCGGAGUAGAAAUUCAUGCUGAUUUGUGCCAAGAUGAUGUGACGAUUCUCAGUGACGAGAGUGACAACGAUUUCCCCGAGAAACUUUAUGUCUCGCGAGAAUCGCAUAAGAAAUUCAUCGAACUACCGAAAAGCGAGACUGCAGUUAACAAGUCCAAACCUAUCGUAGUCUCGUCGAUACCGGUGAAUUUGAAUUUAAAAAUAACUAAAGCAGAUGUGCACAGAUCUGCAAAGUCGCAUGACUCGGAUAUAAGCAUCACAGACAACGAAGACAAGAAAAAAUCCACGAUUACCCGGCCGACAGAAAAAACUCGCAAGGUCUCACCGAAAAAGUCCAUCACCGCGAAACCUGUGAUUGUCGCGAACAAAUCGCCUUCCAAGGCAACAACCACUGACAGCAUGAAAGAAGAUCAUGCAACGUCAAAUACUGAUAUUAAGAAUGAAGCUCACAAUAUGAAUCCUGCUGAUGCGGUUAUACCUACAACGACUACAACCAGACGACCCAAGAAGCAUGAAAAUAAUCCUAAAGUAUUGACCGCGUGGGCGCCGAAAGUAGUGUGUCAUUUCGCUUCCAAGAAUAAAUUAGGUUUGAGUUUUCAAGGAAAACUGCUCAACGAAGUUGGCUACGUCGUGCAUAGGAACUUCACAACGGAUAUUGUGCUCAGGCGAUUGUCACCAACAUUGAUUGAAACGGUGAAUUACGAACUCUAUCAGCUUCUUGGACCGGUGAACGAGAAUAAACAUGUUAUUUCCAAGGAACUCUUGAAACAAUGUCGUAAUGGAUGCCCUGCGAAAAUCGAACAAUUUUGCCUAAUGUGGAAGUCAUUGCAACAGGAAGAAGUCGAAAAAAAGUCUCACGAUUCUACAAUGGACUCACUGAGUAUAUCCAUUAGUUCAAGAGGUCGUAGGAUCUUGCCACCACUGUGUUACUGGACAGGCGAACGAAUAACUUUGAAAGACAACACUCCAAUCUAUAACUUAGGCCAUUCACAAGAAUCAACUUCGCUGAAUGAGAGCCCGAGGAAGAACAUCAAAAAGAAUAAGGAGCAACAAGCAAAUUCAGGAAACGUAUCAAGGAAAAAUAGUGUGGCUAAACAGUUACACAAAACAAAUAAGGUUUCCAGUAUGAAUAAAAAUCAGACAAUCGUUAUCGACAAUCGUUAUCUCUCCGCUAAAUCAUCUAAAGAUAAAGCUACGAGUAACGCGAGAAAAUCUAAAAAAUCUAUAGCCCAUGGGAAACAAAGCACAGCAAAACGAUUGACAUGCUCAUCAAGCGAUGCUGAAUACGAAGAAGAACAGGUGUCUCCGCGUAAGCGCUUACGUAGCUCUCGAUCAAACACGAAUGGAGAUGCAAAAGUACAACAAUCGAGAUACAGUAUGAGAAAACGACAGAAGAUGGAGGGAUCCUUCAGCAGAGAAUCGUGCGACGAUACUAAUAAGUCCAAGCACAACAUAGCGCAUUGCUCACCAACAAAGAAACCUUACGAGCAAUGUAUGGUCUAUGCUUAUCAUCAAGGUAUUCCGCAAGAGGACUUCUUAUCGGAGAAUCAGGCUUCUCCUAUAUAAUGCGCAGCAAUAUAAUUAUUUGAUAAAUAUAUUUUUGCAAAUGAUAUUCAUAACAAAUGUGGAUUAAAAAAAAAUAUUUUUUCUACGUAUUUGUCGGUUCUGAAGUUAUUUAUAUAUUAUUCCUCUAAGGUAUUACACAUAUAUUGUUUAUAUUUUGUGAAUGUACAAGUGAUGUGUCAAUAUUCCCCCCUUUAUUAUUUUUUAGUAAAAAUACUUAUGUAAAUAAUUGUAAAACAGGGAAUAAAGAGGCAGAAUAUUUGAAGCACAA